AUGGGAAGGAGAUGGGUCACUUGGAAUGUUCGCCGCUUAGGCAAAUCUACCAAAAGGGAAGUGACCAAACUUAUACUGAACCGAUCGCGUCUAGAGCUGGUCAUGAUUCAGGAGUCCAAAUUGGGGUUAGAAAGGGAAGAAACUGUAAAUAGGUGGGCAAGAUCCUUGAAUAUGGAGUAUGAAUUCGUUCCUUCUGAGGGAGCUUCUGGGGGUAUCAUAACACUGUGGAAAGGAUCUGGGCUCAACCUAUGGAGGGUGGAAAAACACCCUCGCUUCCUGGUAACUGUGUUCCAAAUUCUUCCUGAAGAUGCUUGUUGUCUUGUGAUAAAUGUUUACGAGCCCAACAAUGAGAGAGAUAAAGGAAGCUUCUUUACCGAUUUGGGGGUAGUAUUGGAUGCGCAUGUUGGAGCCUACAUCAUUAGAGGGGAUUUCAACGCCACAUUAAAUGAUGGGGAAAGGAAGGAAACAGGCUCUAACCUAGAAGGUGAUGCGAAUUUCAAACAGUUCGUGGAGAACCACACCCUUGUUGACUUACCCAUGGUAGGAGGUGAAUAUACUUGGCAUAGUACUAGAAAUGGAGGGCUAUGGAGCAAGAUUGACAGGUGGGUAAUGAAUGAUAAUAUGAUCCAGCUUCUAAAUGUUGUUUCUCAGAGAUUGGAGGCGUGGGAUACUUCAGAUCACCGGGCAGUCACAUUAUCCUGGGGAACAAGGGACUUUGGAUCCAAACUAUUCCGGUUUUACAACCACUGGCUGGCAGAGGAGGACUUCACAAAAAUGGUGGAGGAGUGGUGGGGGGUCAAAAAUUGUGGAAGGAUGGUCUGGCUUCAUAAUCCUGCAAAAACUAAAAGGUCUACGGGAAAAGAUUCGAAGCUGGAACAAGAAUAG